AUGCCAAGGGAUCCAUUGGAGAAAUCUCCUGAUAUCCGGUUUGCACUACACCAAAUUACUACUUUUCCCUUAGCUAACGUGGGCCAUUUGGGUCUUCCUGACUCUAUUGACUCCAGUGAGAAGAAAGUGGCUUCACAAAAUGCCAGAAGAUUCCAAAACCAGAAAAGCUGGCCGUACCAACCUGGAGGGAAAAGCAAUACAUCGGACCCUAAGGAAGCUGGGGUCUUGGACAAAAGUAACAAGACAAGAGACAACUCAGAAAGUGGAAGAUGGGACCAGAAAGUCAAGGAAGGUGAAGAGGCUAACAACGCUGAUUUACAAAGACAGAGAGGAGGAACUAAGUCUGUCUGGGCCAACUGUGGACGCCUGAACCGGGGCGACAGGACCCAGACAACCACCUCAGGAACCCUCACUGGUUCUUUUUCCCUCUGCCCAGGCCAAGCAAGCAGCCCCGAGUGUGCUUGUGGUCGGAGCCACUUCACCUGUGCAGUGAGCGCCCUCGGCGAGUGUACCUGCAUCCCGGCCCAGUGGCAGUGUGAUGGAGACAACGACUGCGGGGACCACAGUGAUGAAGACGGAUGCAUGCUGCCCACCUGCUCCCCUCUUGACUUUCACUGUGACAAUGGCAAGUGCAUCCGCCGCUCCUGGGUGUGCGAUGGGGACAACGACUGCGAGGACGACUCGGACGAGCAGGACUGUCCCCCCCGGGAGUGUGAGGAGGACGAGUUCCCCUGCCAGAAUGGCUACUGCAUCCGGAGCCUGUGGCACUGUGAUGGUGACAAUGACUGCGGUGACAACAGCGAUGAGCAGUGUGACAUGCGCAAAUGCUCUGACAAGGAAUUCCGCUGCAGCGACGGAAGCUGUAUUGCUGAGCACUGGUACUGUGAUGGUGACACCGACUGCAAAGAUGGCUCUGACGAGGAGAGCUGUCCCUCAGCAGUGCCAGCACCCCCCUGCAACCUGGAAGAAUUCCAGUGUGCCUACGGCCGCUGCAUCCUCGACAUUUACCACUGCGAUGGCGAUGAUGACUGCGGAGACUGGUCGGACGAGUCUGACUGCUCCUCCCACCAGCCCUGCCGUUCUGGGGAGUUCAUGUGUGACAGUGGCCUGUGCAUCAACGCAGGCUGGCGCUGUGAUGGCGACGCAGACUGUGAUGAUCAAUCUGAUGAGCGCAACUGCACCACCUCAAUGUGUACAGCCGAACAGUUCCGCUGUCGGUCAGGCCGCUGCGUUCGCCUGUCCUGGCGCUGUGAUGGGGAGGAUGACUGUGCAGACAACAGCGAUGAAGAGAACUGUGAGAACACAGGAAGCCCCCAGUGUGCCUCGGACCAGUUCCUGUGUUGGAACGGGCGCUGCAUUGGCCAGAGGAAGCUGUGCAAUGGGGUCAAUGACUGUGGUGACAACAGCGACGAAAGCCCACAGCAGAACUGCCGGCCCCGGACGGGUGAGGAGAACUGCAAUAUGAACAAUGGUGGCUGCUCCCAGAAGUGCCAGAUGGUGCGGGGGGCAGUGCAGUGUACCUGCCACACAGGCUACCGGCUCACGGAGGACGGGCGCACGUGCCAGGAUGUGAAUGAAUGUGCUGAGGAAGGGUAUUGCAGCCAGGGCUGCACCAACAGCGAAGGAGCUUUCCAGUGCUGGUGCGAGGCAGGCUACGAACUCCGGCCCGACCGGCGCAGCUGCAAGGCUCUGGGGCCGGAGCCUGUACUACUGUUCGCCAAUCGCAUCGACAUCCGGCAGGUGCUGCCGCACCGCUCCGAGUACACGCUGCUGCUCAACAACCUGGAGAAUGCCAUCGCCCUUGAUUUCCACCACCGGCGCGAGCUUGUCUUCUGGUCAGAUGUCACCCUGGACCGGAUCCUGCGGGCCAACCUCAAUGGCAGCAACGUGGAGGAGGUUGUGUCCACGGGGCUCGAGAGCCCAGGAGGCCUGGCUGUGGAUUGGGUCCAUGACAAACUCUACUGGACUGACUCAGGGACAUCAAGGAUUGAGGUGGCCAACCUAGAUGGGGCCCACCGGAAGGUGCUGCUUUGGCAGGACCUUGAGAAGCCUCGGGCCAUUGCCUUGCACCCCAUGGAGGGUACCAUUUACUGGACAGAUUGGGGUAACACCCCCCGCAUUGAAGCCUCUAGCAUGGAUGGCUCUGGACGCCGCAUCAUCGCCGAUACCCAUCUCUUCUGGCCCAAUGGCCUCACCAUUGACUAUGCAGGGCAUCGUAUGUACUGGGUGGAUGCUAAGCACCACGUCAUCGAGAGGGCCAAUCUGGACGGGAGUCACCGCAAGGCUGUCAUUAGCCAGGGCCUCCCGCACCCCUUUGCCAUCACGGUGUUUGAAGACAGCCUGUACUGGACAGACUGGCACACCAAGAGCAUCAACAGUGCUAACAAAUUUACUGGCAAGAACCAGGAGAUCAUUCGCAACAAACUCCACUUCCCCAUGGACAUCCACACCUUGCAUCCCCAGCGCCAGCCUGCAGGGAAAAACCGCUGUGGGGACAACAACGGAGGCUGCACCCACCUGUGUCUGCCCAGUGGCCAGAACUACACCUGUGCCUGCCCCACUGGCUUCCGCAAGAUCAGCAGCCACGCCUGUGCCCAGAGUCUUGACAAGUUCCUGCUUUUUGCCCGAAGGAUGGACAUCCGUCGGAUCAGCUUCGACACAGAGGACCUGUCCGACGAUGUCAUCCCACUGGCUGACGUGCGCAGUGCUGUGGCCCUUGACUGGGACUCCCGGGAUGACCACGUGUACUGGACAGAUGUCAGCACUGACACCAUCAGCAGGGCCAAGUGGGAUGGAACAGGACAGGAGGUGGUAGUGGAUACCAGUUUGGAGAGUCCAGCAGGCCUGGCCAUUGAUUGGGUUACCAACAAGCUGUACUGGACAGAUGCAGGGACAGACCGGAUUGAAGUGGCCAACACCGACGGCAGCAUGAGGACGGUGCUCAUCUGGGAGAACCUUGACCGUCCCCGAGACAUUGUGGUGGAACCCACGGGCGGGUACAUGUAUUGGACUGACUGGGGUGCAAGCCCCAAGAUUGAACGAGCCGGCAUGGAUGCCUCGGGCCGCCAGGUCAUCAUCUCUUCCAAUCUGACCUGGCCUAACGGAUUAGCCAUUGACUAUGGGUCCCAGCGGCUGUACUGGGCUGAUGCGGGCAUGAAGACUAUUGAAUUUGCUGGACUGGAUGGCAGCAAGAGGAAGGUGCUGAUUGGAAGCCAGCUUCCCCACCCAUUUGGGCUGACCCUCUAUGGAGAGCGCAUCUAUUGGACAGACUGGCAGACCAAGAGUAUCCAGAGUGCCAACCGGCUGACGGGGCUGGACCGGGAGACCCUGCAGGAGAAUUUAGAGAACCUCAUGGACAUCCAUGUCUUCCACCGCCUACGGCCCCCAGUGUCCACUCCAUGUGCUACGGAGAAUGGCGGCUGCAGCCACUUGUGUCUUCGGUCCCCAAAUCCCAGUGGCUUCAGCUGUACCUGCCCCACAGGCAUCAACCUGAUGCCUGAUGGCAAGACCUGUUCACCAGGCAUGAACAGUUUCCUCAUCUUCGCCAGGAGGAUAGACGUGCGCAUGGUGUCCUUGGACAUCCCUUAUUUUGCCGAUGUGGUGGUACCAAUCAACAUUACCAUGAAGAACACCAUUGCCAUUGGAGUGGAUCCCCAAGAAGGAAAAGUAUAUUGGUCAGACAGCACGCUGCACAGGAUCAGCCGUGCCAGUCUGGAUGGCUCACAGCACGAGGACAUCAUCACCACAGGGCUGCAAACCACAGAUGGGCUCGCAGUGGAUGCCAUUGGCCGGAAAGUGUACUGGACAGACACUGGAACCAACCGGAUUGAAGUGGGCAACCUGGACGGGUCCAUGCGGAAAGUGUUGGUGUGGCAGAAUCUUGACAGUCCCCGGGCUAUUGUACUGUACCACGAGAUGGGGUACAUGUACUGGACAGACUGGGGAGAGAACGCCAAGUUAGAGCGGUCCGGAAUGGAUGGCUCAGACCGAACCGUGCUCAUCAGCAGCAACCUGGGGUGGCCCAAUGGACUGACUGUGGACAAGGCCAGCUCCCAACUGCUUUGGGCCGAUGCCCACACCGAGCGAAUUGAGGUCGCUGACCUGAAUGGUGCCAGUCGUCACACGCUGGUGUCACCUGUGCAGCACCCAUAUGGCCUCACCCUGCUCGGCUCCUAUAUCUACUGGACUGACUGGCAGACGCGUAGCAUCCACCGUGCUGACAAGGGUACUGGCAGUAACGUCAUCCUGGUGAGGUCCAACCUGCCAGGCCUCAUGGACAUCCAGGCUGUGGACCGGGCACAGCCACUGGGUUUUAACAAGUGUGGCUUGAGAAAUGGUGGCUGCUCGCACCUCUGCUUGCCGCGGCCCUCUGGCUUCUCCUGUGCCUGCCCCACUGGCAUCCAGCUGAAAGGAGAUGGAAAGACCUGUGAUCCCUCUCCUGAGACCUACCUGCUCUUCUCCAGCCGUGGCUCCAUCCGGCGUAUCUCACUGGACACCAGUGACCACACAGACGUGCAUGUCCCCGUUCCCGAGCUCAACAAUGUCAUCUCCCUGGACUAUGACAGUGUGGAUGGAAAGGUCUAUUACACAGAUGUGUUCCUGGAUGUUAUCAGGCGAGCAGAUCUGAAUGGCAGCAACAUGGAGACAGUGAUCGGGCAAGGGCUGAAGACCACCGACGGGCUGGCAGUGGACUGGGUGGCCAGAAAUCUAUAUUGGACAGAUACAGGCCGCAAUACCAUUGAAGCAUCAAGGCUAGAUGGUUCCUGCCGCAAAGUGCUGGUCAACAACAGCCUGGAUGAGCCUCGGGCCAUUGCCGUUUUCCCCAGGAAGGGGUACCUCUUCUGGACAGACUGGGGCCACAUUGCCAAGAUCGAGCGGGCGAACCUGGACGGCUCUGAGAGGAAGGUCCUCAUCAACACAGACCUGGGUUGGCCCAAUGGCCUUACCCUGGACUACGAUACCCGCAGGAUCUACUGGGUAGAUGCACAUCUGGACCGGAUUGAAAGUGCGGACCUCAAUGGGAAGCUACGGCAGGUGUUGGUCAGCCACGUGUCCCACCCCUUUGCCCUCACUCAGCAGGACAGGUGGAUCUACUGGACAGACUGGCAGACCAAGUCAAUCCAGCGCGUUGACAAGUACUCAGGCCGGAAUAAGGAGACGGUGCUGGCGAACGUGGAAGGGCUCAUGGACAUCAUUGUGGUUUCCCCUCAGCGGCAGACAGGGACCAGUGCCUGCGGCGUGAACAACGGUGGCUGCACCCACCUCUGCUUUGCCAGGGCCUCGGACUUCGUGUGUGCCUGUCCUGAUGAGCCUGACGGCCGGCCCUGCUCCCUUGUACCUGGCCUGGUGCCCCCAGCUCCCAGGGCUACCAGCAUGAGUGAAAGGAACCCAGUGCUAACCAACACACUACCUACCACCUUGCGUUCUUCUACCACUCGGGCCCGCACAUCUCUGGAGGAGGUAGAAGGAAGAUGCUCCGAAAAGGACACCCAGCUGGGCCUCUGUGCACAUUCCAAUGAGGCUGUACCUGCCACUCCAGGGGAAGGACUGCAUGCCAGCUAUGUCAUCGGAGGACUCCUCAGCGUUCUGCUGAUUCUGGUGGUGAUUGCAGCUUUGAUGCUAUACAGACACAAAAAAUCCAAGUUAACUGAUCCUGGAAUGGGGAACCUGACCUACAGCAACCCGUCCUACCGAACUUCUACUCAGGAAGUGAAAAUUGAAACAAUCCCGAAACCAGCCAUGUACAAUCAACUGUGCUAUAAGAAAGAGGGUGGACCUGACCACAACUACACCAAGGAGAAGAUCAAGAUUGUAGAGGGGAUCUGCCUCCUGUCUGGGGACGAUGCUGAGUGGGAUGACCUCAAGCAACUGCGCAGCUCACGGGGGGGCCUUCUUCGGGAUCAUGUUUGCAUGAAGACAGACACAGUGUCCAUCCAGGCCAGCUCUGGCUCCCUGGAUGACACGGAGACGGAGCAGCUGCUGCAGGAAGAGCAGUCUGAGUGUAGCAGUGUCCAUACCGCGGCCACUCCUGAAAGACGCGGCUCUCUGCCAGACACGGGCUGGAAACACGAACGCAAGCUCUCCUCUGAGAGCCAGGUCUAAGUGCCCUAAGUGCCCAUGUACCCCUCCCUCCCUGCCUGUUCCUUCUCCCUGUGGACGUCCAGUCCUUGAGCUCACUUAUACAGCAGGCCCCCUUCUGUGUGCCCGUCCUGCUCCUGCUCAUUCCACCCCUUAACUGCUCCCGAGCCCUGCACGGGAGCUGUUUCUAUCUGAGUCCAUAACCACCUGUGCACAAGAAACCAUGGCGCAUCCAAGAAUUUAGACCUCGAACUGACCAUGAACCUCACCUCUUGCAGUCCAUCCUGAGCCUCCCCAAAACUAGGCUCAGUAAUAAUUCCUCGUCAACAGAGCUCCACCUCCCCUUCCCCAGGUGCCCUCAGUGCCCGCCCCACAAGAGCCGAUGAUCCAAGACUGCACGCUCCCCCAUCAGAGCUGGCCUGACCGCGUCUCUGAGAGAGCUGGCCCACCAGGGGCUGAGCAGGGGGUCACGGGUAAAGAGAGACGAAGGGUAGAGGCUGAGUGGAGGAGGAGGAGUCCGCCCAGCUGGUACGGGCAUCUGGGAAACCUCUAGGCUCGAGUGCACUGGUAAUACGGAAAAGCUUUUAGGGGCGGUUGGGCCUGGGUGUCCUGUCCAUUGCUGGCAAUGGAUAUUGUUCUCACUCUAAGAGUUGCUGCAUUUCAGUUGGUGAGAUCUGGGUGUGACUCGACUGUUCUUCCUCCUGAUGGAAGGUCUGGAACCUUUACUACCUUCAGAUGACUGGGGGCCCCAGCGUGGCAGCUGGCUAAUAUCAGUUCCCUCCUGCUGCCCCCACUGGCCAGUACCUUGCUAAGUCUUUGACUCUAAGCAACCAGGUUGUGAACCAGUACUUGAGGGAAUGUGGGGCCACGAGGGCUGAGUCUGCAGCAUCUAAGCAGCACUGCCUAGACCAAGCAUAGCAUGUUACCUUUACUGUUCUGCCUCUCUCCCUCCACAUUCUCUGGGAUUUUGAGCACAGAGAUCCUGAAACCACCUUUCAAAGAAGAGCCGGAAGUGUUCAUAAGUGGUCAGGUUAGAGGCUUGGGGUCCCCAGGGCCUAAUGGGAAGUGUCCAUGAGAUUGAACUUCCUGUGCUCUCUCACAGGCGCUGAGGGAUCUAAGUGGACAGAGAGUCUGCGGCUAUGGGUGGUGAAGUUUCCAUUCCAACUUUCCCCAGCUGAGUGACUUAUUUCCAUGCUGAGACGCCAUCUCUUGGUUCAAGUUAUGCACACAAAGGACGUGUCUCACGCCAGCAUCCAGGGAGUUGAGACUUUUUCCUGUCCUAAAACUUUUACCUAGUUUUCUGCCCCUACCCUUCCUCCCUCCCUCCCUCCCUGGUACUUUUUCUGACCUAGCCUGCGGCACCUGUGGUGAGCAGGGCUAAAUAAAAAUGCAAAGUGGGGGGCAAGCACUAAAAAGGUAGAGAGAACCACUGAUGAAGCUCUCUCAACCCAGGGAAGAUCCAGACCUCUUCCACCCAGGAAUUAGAAAUGACAGGAGAGGACGACAGGGGCUGAGAAUGGAGGGGAGGGCUUCUAGGGGAAGUUCCUGAUUUGAAACAUCUCCUAUGGUUACUGGUAUUGAGAAGUCAGCUGUCAAAUGCUCGUGAAAAAGAAACUAAGGACAAACCUUUUCUGGUCAGUUCUAAGACUGCUUGAGGCAGGUGCCAAGCCCUUAGCCCUGCUCUCAGCAGCCAUCCAGGGUCUAGGCCUGCACAGGACAGCCAGGCCAGGCGAGGCCAAGAAGACUUUUCCAGUGCACGGCAGUGGAAAGGUGAGAUGCCACUUCUAGGAGGAAAGAUAUUUCACGCUUGAUGGGGAAGAAAAAGGAGCACUUUGGGUCCUCAGAUUCACAGUUGGGGAUGGGAGAAAAUAGAAAAGUGUCAUUUUCUUGAAAGGGGGAAGGAUCUUAUUGCACUUGGGCUGUUCAGAAUGUAGAAAGGACAUAUUUGAAGACAUAUCUAUUUGAGCACUGAUUUACUAUGUAAAAAGCAAAAUCUCUGUCCUGAACUAAUGGAAGUGACUGUUCCACGCUCAUGUGUAAUGGUUUUAACGUUACUCACUGGAGAGAAUGGACUUUCUGGAGUUAUUUAACCACUAUGUUCAGUAUUUUAGGACUUUAUGGUAAUUUAAUAUAAAUUUAGCUUUUCUUAAUCACCUUGCCUGGCUUGGAGUCAUGACUAAUAACUGUACCUCCUCUGUCUGGCAGACCCAUGCCAUGGGAAACCUGUUGCAGAUGUCACCUCUAAGUCCUUUGGGGAUGUGGGGAUGGUGAAGAGCAAUAACGGGUGUGAGGUUCCUGGCUGGAGGUUCAGCUCAUCUUGAGAAAAUAGGUCAAGACCAGAGUUCACUGGCUUCUGAAAUCCUUAUUUCCUCUAGAGGAAGGAUAGCAGAUAGGUUUCACCGUUGAGUACCAACUCUGAUUGGUUGGUAGUGGCUGCCUGAGUUCCUGUCCACACUCCAUGGGAAAAGCGUAAUGAUCUUUAGUGCCAUAUCAUUGAGGCAACGGAAGGAAGUGUCAUGGCAUGUGUACCAUAUGUCUUCUAUUUCUGCUCUAGGUCUAUGAGGACUUCCGUGUCAUGGAACUUGACUUUGCCUUGCAGUGAUGGUCACUGGAAGGACUAUCUGAUGUAACGAAAGUACUGGGAUGGGAACAGGGAGAGCUAAUUCCAGUCCCAGAUCCACCACUAGCUGUGUUUGAUCUCAGUCAAGUUUCAUAGAUACUCCAAGAAUGGACCCAACACUAAAUUUCCUUUUAUUUUUAAAAAGCUGUCUUGUCACAGCUCAUCCACUGCAUCUCAAGACUAGAACAAGGAAUUGGGGAUCCCUUCUCAAGUUCUCUCAGUGAAGACUGGGAAUCACACAAGUCUCUAUGCUAGAUACAAAAUCUGAUGCCAAGGCCCAAUAGUUGAUUUUCUAAACCACUUAUAGAAUAAUGCUCUCAUCCAUUCAUUUCCUACUAUGGGUCAAGCAUAACCCAUGCCUGAUCACAGAGCUUUGCAUCUGGCAACAGUGCCCUACCACCCUCCCCCCCCAAAAAAAAAGAAAAAAGAAAAAGAAAGCAAGACAUAUAUAUUGAAGCCUCUUACAUUGAAAUAACAAGAGAUUUGAGUAUAAAUUAUAGUGUAUAAUUCUUCCAACUUGGCAAGGGAUAGGCCUGCUAGAACAAAAACAAGUGGAAUAGCUCGAGGACACCCAUCCCCCUCUUCACCAUUCUUUUUGGGGAAAAACUCAGAGAGAAAAUAAAGACAUUUUAAGCAGUGAAAUCCAGCCUCAAGCACAAGCUUAUAUACCUAUUGGAAGUGCCCCCUCCCAGAGCCUCAGGGUUAUAGGCCAGGCCGGGAACAGUGACCAGUGGAAUUGGAAACUCAGGAGGAACAUUUCAAAUGGGAGGAAGAAAUGGCACUGAACACACGCUAUUUUCUUGGAAAACUGGAGAUGUUUUGGGGAGAAUAAAAUAAGGUGAAUGCAUUUUGCUACCUUGUGACAUGUCAGCCAGUUGAAUUGGGCAUCCGGCACUGCGUAGCCUUAGAGGUCACCCCAACCUCUGUCUUGUCACUUUAGCAGGAAAUGGGAGAGGAGAAUGGGGCUGGUCUGAUGGUCCAGGUCCUGACAAGAACUUGACCACUGGCAAGUGAGAAUUUAGUAACAGCGUCAAGGACUAGCGCCCCAUUUGCAGGUGAUAUAAAUGUGCAGGCUCUUAGUUUCCUUUCCUGAUCAGUCAAAUAGAAAAGUUGAAACAUGAUUGCUAAGGUCGUUUCUAGCCUGAAACUUGUAUCAUGCUCCUUCCAGGAUAUCCUGGGGAUGAAACAAGGGUUGGGGAACUCCUGGUCUGGUUCUCUGGAUCUAAAACCUACAACUCAUGAAUAGGGAGAUGAGUCAGAUUCUAAAAGCUGGAUAUAUUUUUGCAAACUAAGAACAAACCAGAAGCUAAGAUGAAAAGAUCUCUGUGGCCCAUAGAGAGGUCGCCGUGGCAUGAAUUGAAGUUUUCGCCAAACCUAGGCCUACAGAAAGCAAAGUCACUGCUACAAAGGAACUCAGAAAAGGCACGUACGAGAGCUGAGGGUAUACAAGGUUCUAAGAUGGCAGUCAAGGGCAUCUAGUAAGCUUUAGUUAUUUCUACUUGGAGCACCGAUUUCAAAAAUAUGGUUGAGCCCUUUAUAUGACUGAAAAACAAUCUAUAAGUUUGCCCUUUCUUCAUAUGUGAAGAUGACUCAACUGAUCCAUUUAAUAAGAUGUGUGUUUGGGGAUGUUUCAGGCAGCCUUUGUUUUGAAACAUUUCCUCACUCACCCAUUUAUUUUCUCUCCAGAUCCUUCUCCCAUUAACCAGCUGGCAGAGGCUAAGUAGAACUCAGCAUAGGGAACAGAGUUUUAUUUCCAGCCAAGGCUCCAACUCACAACUAUGGACUCCCUGACAUGAUGUUAAAACAGAUCCAGGCAACCUAAUUAAGGAUCUGAAUUUAAACCCAAGGCUGAAGUUAGCCCCAAGCUACACAAUCUGCUUAUUUCAUUUUACAAUACACAAAGAGCCAAGAACUUACUUAUCUUGCCCUUCUCAGUGUUUUUUCCCUCCCGUCCAGGCCCUGCUAGCGAGGUCCCUAUCUCUCCCUUCUGCCUCCUUCCUCUGGUGGGGCUGGUGCUUCUGUGGUCAAAAUUCUUGAAGAGCCUGCAUUUUAGGGGGAUAUGGGGAAAUGGGCUGAGAAAAGGAAAAAAGCUAUUAAUUCCAUCAUUCAGACAGCACUUAUUAAAUGCAAUCACGUGCAGACUGGGAUAGGCCUUGCAGUCUUGGAAGCCAAUCAAGGCACAAAAACCCAUAGCCACUUGAGGUCUGCGUUAAUGUUACCACGAGAAUAAUGCAGGCGGUACCUGGACUGAAAGUUGAAAGGAAGUUAAUCAUUGAAGCUGCUCCUCUUAGGCUGGAAAUACGGAUCCAUGUCCCAUGGUAGGGAGUAGAAUGCAGCUUGUAGUUAUGGUGGAAUGAGCACUAUCCCAACCCUAGCAGGCUUUUCAGAAAUAUCCAGCACAGUUAUUCAGCAGCCACAAUGUUUCACAUUUGUUUCCUGCUUCUGGUUGCAAGGAUACAAUGUUCACUUUAAUCUCUAAUAUCCACAAGGGUUUCACUGCCCUAUUAAUACUUUCCUUAUGUAGAACUAUUGAGAGGCCCCUGGAAUAAAGUAGGCACACAUCAGGCCAAUAAAUACAUAGAUAAAUGCUACUUGAUGAUAAUCCUGGACUGCAAAAAAUGAUUGGCCAAACAUUUACUGAGCACCUACUACGGGCAAGGUACUGUAUUACGUUUCUAUCACACCCUACAGGAUCUGCCUCUCCUCACCCAUUUUCUAUCAAACCUUACCUACUACUCCCCUCCUACUGCCAACUACAUACUCUCUGUUUCUCAAACCUGCCAGGUAUGUUCCCAACUUAGGAUCAUUGCAUAGCUGUUGGCACUUUCUUCCUCUAGAUAUACUCAGGGCUAACUCCUUUCCCUUUUUCAAGUCUUUGCUCAAAUGUAAUCUUCUCAAUCAAACCUACUAUGACCGCCCUUUACAAAAUUAUAAUCUUUCCAACUCUCCUUCCCAAUGCCUUUUACCCUGUGUUCUUUCUUCUUUUCCCAUUGCACACAUAUUGUCUAAUAGGAUAUUAUAUAUUCAUGUGUUGAUUGUCUAUGUGUCCUCACUAUAAUGUGAGCUCCACAAAAGGAGGGAUUUUUCUGUUGUUUCGAUUUUGCUCACUAAUUAUCCCAAGUGCCUAGAACAGUCCCAGCACAUACUAGGUGCUCAAUAAAUAUUUGUUGAAUGAAUGAGCGAAGAAAUUAAUGGAAUCAGACACCUAUUGCCCACUGUCUAGCAUGGCUUCACCUGAACCAUGUAAAACAAAAAGGGAUUUUGACGUGUUGUUCUAAAACUCUCUGGAAGCCAGACUCCACACAAGCUUUACUGAGCAAAUUUCAGGUCAUCAUUGCCCUCUCCAUAAAUGUAAUAUUCCGUUUAUUUCCAAUAUAUUUAAAUAAAAUAAACAUGCCAAUGG